AUGCACGACGACGCGGCAUUCACGGCGUUCCUCUCGCACGAGUUCGACCGCCUCGACGCCGACGGUAACGGCGCGCUCUCGCUGGGCGAGUUAAAGCCGGCGCUACUGCGGCUCGGGGAGCUAUUAGGGAUGCCGCCGGCCGGGACGGCACGCGAGGUUGACGAGCUGGUGGAGGGUCUUUUCGCGUCGUUCAUGUCGCCGGAUCUCACGGAGGAGAUUGGGCGGGAUUCGUUUGUCCGGGUUUGCAAGGAUAUUCUUAGCGGCGCGAGCCACGCGUUAGAAGAGGACCCGCUAUCCACGCUGGUCUACGACGGGGGCGCGCUGCGGAGAAUACUGGGCAGCGCGGAGGAGGCGGAGGCGCUGAUUUCGGCGCUGUUCGCGGAGCUGGAUACGGACGGCAGCGGGUGCAUCAGCAAGAGCGAGCUGCGCCCCGCGCUCGUGCGGUUGGGGCUUCACGGGGGCGACAGCACCACGGCCGAAGCGCGCGAGCACCAGGAGCAGGUGCUGGAGCGAAUCAUCGACCGGUACUGUCUGGACGGCGACGGGGAGCUGUGCCGCGACGAGUUCUCGGCGCUGCUGCUGGACGUCUUUAAAGACCUCUCCUCCGAGCUCGAGGCCGCGCCGCUGUACCUGCCGCAGCGCGCCACCGUGCUCAACGGCGCGUACAUAAAAAAGAUCCUGAACGACGACGAGUUCUUCACGGCGGUAUCGGACUCUAUGUUCGAGGAAUGGGACGUCUCCCACAAGGGCUACCUCGUGUGCACUGACGCCAUAGCCGGCUUCCGCAAGCUCGGCCUUGCCUACGGGCUCCCUCCGCCCGACGCCGCGGAAGCAGACAAGGUUUACACGUCGCUCUUCCUCUCCGCGGACGUGAAUCUGGACGGGUUUGUGGACAAGGGGGAGUUCCGCACGCUGCUGCGCUCGCUCUUCAUCGGCAUGCAGCUGCAGCUGGAAGAGACGCCGCUCGUGCUCGAAUCGUCCGUGGAACCCAAGGGGGAGUCUAGAUCCGACGGUACAGAAUCCGUUUUCGACGGGCCGAAGCUGCUCGCGUUGCUGCGCGAGGAGGGCGGCGGGCAGCGCGUGCGGAGAUUUUUGGAGGAGAAGUUUCAAGAGAUGGAUAAGGACGGGCGGGGGCGGGUUCCGCGCGAGGCGGUGCGCGCGGUGGUGGCGCACGUGGAGCAGACGAGCGCGCUGCCGUCGCCGCGGCGGACGUCUUUUCAGGCGCCUCAAAAGCGCGCGGAGCAGACGAGCGGGCUGCCGUCGCCCAGACGGACGUUCUCCGCGGGGAGCCCGGGGGUGGGGGGAAGACGAGGGGAACGGGAAUCCCAAGCGUUGUUAGAAUCGGCGCGCAGACGAGGGAAUAUAGCGCCUGCUGGGAUUGCUGCUGGGAAUGCUGCGGGGGACGCGGGGAGUGGUGAUUGGGAGAGCGCGGAGCAGGAGGUGGCGUGCGAGGAGUUUGUGGAUGCCAUGAUGCGCGUGCUGCAGCGCAUGGGGGACGCCGUGCAUGGUGCGUGCGGGUUCAAGGGGAUGGACGACCCUAUCCCGUGGCAGCACUUCUUGGCGGACUUCCCCCGCCACCCCUUCCCGUGUGCCUCAUUCUCCGCCACCCCUCCUCCCCUGCCACCCAUCCCCCGCACUCCAGACGACCCUAUACUGCAGUUCAUGGCGGACGGGGCGAAGAUGCAGCAGCUGAUGGAGGAGGAGGGGGAGCUGGCGGACGACCCCGUACUGCAGUUCAUGGCGGACGGGGCGAAGAUGCAGCGGCUGAUGGAGGAGGAGGGCGAGCUGGCAACGCUCAUCGACAUUCUCUUCAGCAGCCUCGACACCGACGGCAGCGGCACCAUCUCCUACUGCGAGCUCAAGCCCGCGCUCUCCACCAUGGUGCAGAACAUGGGACUACACACGCUCUGCCGGAGUGCAUCAACGGAGAGUGUGGUGGCGCAGCUGGUGAUGACGCACGGCAAGGGCCGUCUGGACCUCUCCCGAGACCAGUUCACUGCCUUCAUGCGCGCCACGGUGUCUGAUCUGGCGGGCAGGCUGGCAGCGAAGCCGGAGGAGGAGGAGGAAGGGCAGGUGCUGGACGGCAGUAAACUGCGCCAGGUGCGGUGUGGGGGAAAGUGGUUGGGCGGGGGAGGGCACAAUACCCAUUGCUCUGCUCCUCACCCCCACAACAUCCCCCCGCUCCCCUCUCCCUUUCCCCCUUCUCCCCUCUUUCUCCCUCCCUCUCAACCCUCACCCUUCCCCCCCUCGCCCUCUCCCCUCUCCCCCCCUCUUCACCCUCAAAUCCCGGGACACCGGUGGCUCUUCCAGAAGAUCUGUGAAGAAACCUUCACCGCAUGGGCCCUGUCCAGGAAGCAUCACCUCUUACCCACUCACCACCCCUUUCACUCCCCGCUGCCCUCCCCUCCCACCUCUCCCCCCUUGAGAUCCUCGGGGACAGGCGGCUCUUCCAGAAGAUCUGGGAGAACACCUUCACCUCCUGGGACGUGUCCUGGAAGCGCUGCCUCUCCCCCUCUUCCCACUCCCUCUCAAUCCACACCCUUUCCCCCCUCUCCUGCUCUCCCCUCCCACCUCUCCCCCCAUCAGAUCUUGGGCGACCGGCGGCUCUUCCAGAAGAUCUGUGAGGACACCUUUACCUCGUGGGACGUGUCAAGAAAGCGCUGCCUGUCACGGGCGGACAUCAGUGCAGGGCUGGCGCGGUCCGGCAUGAUGUGGGGGCUGCCCCCCCACAACGCACGCAACGCCGAGGAGGUGUACGACAGAUUCUUUCUCAAGGCUGAUCUUGACCGGUCGGGGUCGGUGGAGCGAGCCGAGUUUAAUGUGUUUCUGAGAGGCGUGUUCCGAUCCAUGGCUGAGGAGUUGGAGAAGAAUCCUCUUGUGGUGCAUACAUCCAAGGUUCGGCCACCCAAUGCUGGCUCGUUGUGA